AUGUCGCACUCCACCAGAGACCCAUCCCAGGCUAACCAAUUCCCUUCUCCGAGUCUGAAUUCAAGCACCCACCCGAUUGCAAUGGGCCAAAACGUGUCUCUGCUUUGUUCCCACGAGAACAAGUCACUGAGUAUCACCUACUCAUUAUUUUUGAAUACGACACACUUGAAAACCAAGAAAGGAGAAGGCGACCCUGUGAUUUUUAACCUGCCAAUCUCCAAAGCCAGCGACCUAGGCCCUUACAAGUGCAAAGCUCAAGUCAAUAACUGCUCAAAAUACAGUCCCGCGUUCUACUUCAGCGUGGAGGAGGGAAACCGCUGUCCUGCCUGCCUGCUGGUGGUGCCAAUCGCAAUGACGCUUUUGGUGCUAUUGGCAGUAGUCCUACCUCUGGCUUGUUUGAUACCAAAAUACAAAGAAAAGCUGCGAGAGAGAGUCGGCCCAAGGACCCCGCGGAAGCUGACCUGUACGAGAACGUCUGUGCAGACCAAGCAGGAUGCUCCCAGGACAUUCACUAUGCUGCCCCUGUGUUCCAAGAAGUGGCCCCCAACAAGCUGGAAGCCUGUCAGGAUUGUAAAACUCCAUAUAUCUAUUCUGAACUCAGCUUCUGAAAUGUGAAGAGCCCACUUCAACGGUCUUUACAGGAACACAAAGGAAAUUCAUUCGGCACUUUAAACAGUCUCGUUCAGACCAGGCACGGUGGAGUGUACCUGUAAUCCCGGCACUCAGGAGGCUGAGGCAGGAAGACUGAGUCUGAGGCCAGCCUGGUAGGCAGCGAGUUUGAAGGGACUGCAGAGGAAGACUCUCAAGCGCACGCAUAAAAAACAAAACAUUAUGAACAUCUAAAGUAGUCACCCGAGGCAAAUCUCCACUUUUCACAUUGAACUAUUAUUCCUUUGGCUCUUUUGGGUGGAUGCAGUCUUGCCGUCAGACGACAUCUUGGCUAGGUGGGAGCACGUAGUCUUGGAUUAUAGGCGUCUGCCACCGGCUUCCUUCUGCCCUUGGGAUGUUCGCUACCGAAAUGUAGGGCCCCUGCAGGGCCGGGGUUACCCCAAGACCCAGAUCGUU